ACCUGUUGACCCCAAGUGUAUCUACUCCGAAAUAGCCACCAAUUAAUUAUUUAUUUAUUUUAAAUUGGUCUCUGCACUACACUGCGGUAGGCAUCCAAGGUGCAUUAGUGCAGAUUGUGCACAGUGCUGUAGAUUAUGAACGACGGGGAGGACACUAGAGAGGACGACCGGAUCUUGCGAUCGGCAAGGCGCCCAGCUGCCCAUUUGGCAUUAGGACCAGAGGGUGACAGAUAUUUGUUCCGCCAGCGUAGGGAGAGGCAACAGCAACAGAGGAGAGCCAGGGCCGAAGAGGCAAGCAGGGCGUUCGUAAGUGAAGCCGCAGCUUCAGCAACCAUGGCCACUUCUGCGCAGCAGAGUUCCCAGGCUAGUAGUUCAGGAUUUGUUGGGUCAACGGUCGCACAGACCCUGAGUCAGUCCAUUGGCGUCAUGGCAAGCCAGCCAAUAGUGUUGACGUCCGAUGAGAUCGCCAUACAACAAGCAGCAUUGCAGGAGGCACAGCUACAGAAGGCUUUAGGAGAGAUAAAGGCGGAAAAGGAAAGAAUGAUUAGAAGAAGAUUCAGGAUGCAGCGGAGACAAGCGGACGUUAGUGAGUUAGAGAAGAUGGACCUGGCGCACAUGAGUGACGAUGUAAGGACCAUACGGUCCAUCCUGCUAAAUGUAGUUGAAAUGCAGGACCACCAGACGACCAUCCUUCAUGACAUUCAACAAAGUCUAGCCAUGUUGGCUGGGCGAGCGCAGACAGCGCCAUCGAUGUCCGGCCCUGGUGCCUGGCCCGUUGUACAACCUCCUCCUUUUGUCCCACCAGUGACUGGGGUAUCCCUAUACACAACUCCAGCAUCGGUCCAGACCGUUUCCCUAGGUAUGUCGCUAUCAGGAGGGCUUUCAUCAGGACCUAGUUUGCAGGUUCCUGUACAGACAGUGUUUACCCAACCUCCGUUGCAGAUUGCGGUUACCACGCAACUUGCUGUCUCGCAGCCUGUACAGUCGCAGGGUACACAGCCCCUGCAGCCAGUGCAGCCCCUGCAGCCAGUGCAGCCUCCUGCACCACAGGGUCCACAGCCCGGUGGGAUGCAACGACCCGGACAAACUCAGUGGGUACCAAAGACGGCCAUCGCUGCUCCUAAACCCUUCACAGGGGAUAAGAGAGGCGAAGACCUCGACACUUGGUUGAGGGCAGUGCCGGUCUAUGUCAAGUGUAAACUUACCUUGCCGCAUGAGGAAGUGCUUGUGGCUGCAUCCUACCUAGAGGGUAGUGCAGCACGAUGGUUGAGCGGUUUAGUGCAACUACAGGGGUACGAUCAUGACUUCCGCACUUGGGCAGCCCACCAAAAACUGGAGGACUUCCUCAAGAUGGUGGAGGACAUGUGGCAUGAUCCUCAGGAGGCUCAAAAAGUCACUGAUGCGAUCCUAACACUGCACACGAGGCAGUUUAAGUCAGUUAGGGAGGCCAUUGACAUUGUAGAGCGUAUGAUCUGUGUCCUUGGGGUGCGCUAUGACCCCCAGGUUCUACUCACCUCCUACCUGAGAUGCUUUCCUAUGCCUCUCAGGAAUCAGUUGGCAGGUGAGGCCAACAUAAAUGUUCACAACUUCCCCUCGUUCAGCAAGAAGGCCCUAGACCUUGAGGCGGAGAUAGGGCAUGGACAUAAUCCCACAACGGACGGUAGGAAGAAGACACUGCCUCCCAACUGGAAGGCGAAGGGUCGCAUUAUGUUUGUCGAUAACGAUGGUUCAACCAUCGAGUUGGAUGACAACUUCCAGGAGGGAGUAGGUUCAGAGGCUGGCAGCAUAGAAGCUUCAGGGGGUGGAGUAGUCGCUGUCGUAGCACAGAAAGGUAGGGCAACCAGUAAACGCCGUGUAGGUUCCCGGUCUAGGAGUCAAGUUGACCCCAAUGCUCCCCCAUGGGAGAAAGCGGGUCUUACUGAGGACGUGUGGAGAGAUCGGUACACACGCAAGGCUUGUAUCCGUUGUGGCCAAUAUGGCCAUAACCAAUUCAAGUGCCGAAAUAAGAAGGUGACCGAGAAGAUCCUGCCUACAAUGGGGCAGGCGACUGUCGAAGAGCACGUUGCGCACUUGGACAAAGUCCUCAGUCUCUUACGACAGCACAAGUUCAAGAUCAACGGUGAGAAGUGCGAGUUUGGCCGCACCCGUGUCUUGUACUUGGGUCAUGAGAUUUCCGCGGAGGGAUUAAAGCCCGAUGACGCGAAGGGGGCCAGCAUUCGUGACUGGCCACGUCCUCAGUCUGCGACUGAGAUGAGGUCUUUCUUAGGGAUGACCGACUACUAUCGCAAUUUUGUGAAGAACUAUAGCAUAGUUGCCGCCCCUUUGACUGAUCUGACUCGACUUGACACCCCAUGGGAGUGGACAGACAGGUGUGAGGCUGCUUUCAGGCAACUGAAGCAUGUGUUGACACACCAUGAGGUCUUGAAACUUUCUGAUCCUGACAAGCCGUUCGUUGUAACUACGGAUGCCAGCCAAUAUGGCAUUGGCGCCGUACUUGCGCAGCAGGAGGGGAAAAAGUUGAGACCGGUAGAGUUCAUGUCCAAAAAGAUGCCCUCUCAAAAGUUGGCUAAGUCUGCCUAUGAGAAGGAGCUCUAUGAGAUCUACAAGGCGCUGACACAUUGGAGGCACUAUCUCCUUGGGCGCUUGUUCUACGUCAGGACUGAUCAUCAGACCUUGAGGUGGAUGAAGACUCAGCCAGUACACUCUGACGCUCUGAAGCGUUGGAUAGAAGUCAUAGAACAGUAUGACUUCGAGCCCCAGUACAUCAAGGGCCAGUACAACAAGGUUGCAGAUGCGCUGUCGCGUAGGCCAGACUUCCUCGGUGCGUUGAUCACAAAAUUUGGGCUUGCGGACGAUGUUAAUCAGUCUUUGGUGGAAGCCUAUCGCGAGGACCCGUUUAUGGCCGAGAUCAUACGCAGACUCGAGGCGAAGGACAAAGAGACUUCUGCCGAGUUUGAGUUGGUUAACGGCCUGUUGUUCCUUGAGAAGGCAGGGAAUAAACGUUUGUGUGUGCCAAAUAGGGAGUCUUUGCGUAGAUUAUUUUUAGGCGAAUGUCAUGAUGCCACAGGACAUUUUGGGUUCAAGAAGACUGCGACUAAUCUGCUGCAGUGGUUCUGGUGGCCCACAAUGAUGGGAGAUGCUAAGUUGUACGUGGAGACUUGUCAGGUCUGUCAGAGGGACAAGCCACGUACUCAAGCUCCUCUUGGGCUCCUGAAGCCCCUUCCGAUUCUGGAAAGGCCUGGUGAGAGCCUGUCCAUGGACUUCAUGCAUACGCUGGUCACCAGCAAGAGUGGAAUGCGCUACAUCUACGUCAUUGUGGAUAGGUUUAGUAAGUUUGCUAGGUUAGUUGCAAUGUCGGCAACAACUAAGACGGAGUAUGUGAUUAAAAUGUUUAAAGAGAAUUGGGUCAGAGAUUUUGGAUUGCCAAAGUCUAUCGUUAGUGACCGGGACGUGCGAUUUACCAGCGAAUUGUGGAAAGCAGCAGCUGCAGAGCAAGGCACGCAACUGCAGAUGACAUCAGGCAAUCGUCCCGAGGCAAACGGGCAGGCUGAACAAAUGCACCGCGCUAUAUACUCGCAGGAGAGAGAGCUUGGGAAAGAGCUGGCAAAAGAGAGGGCAAUGAGGUUGCUUAAGAAUUCCAGAUUGCCUCCGAGACUGGAAAUGCACAUGAAGGAAGAGUCGGCCAGAUUACUCAAAGAAUUUGGAAGCCAGGGGUGUGAAUGGAAGAAUAUGAAAAGCAAUUUCCUCUCCGAUGAAUCUCCAAUCCAUGCCAGACAGAGGGAUCCGUGUGUAGGUCGCGGCUAUGGACGGCGGCGGAGAGGGUGGACGUGCGGUGGAGAGGGUGGACGUGCGGUGUUGACAGCUCUUGAGUUGGCGGCCGUGGCGGCAGCGGUGUCCACCGUUGUUCUUCGAUGUCAGCAGCAGAGGGCGCUGGGACGAAUGGAGGCGCAGUUGCGCGCGCGUAGACACAGGGUAUUGACACGAGGUCGGCAUGAACUCCCCGAAGUAGUGGCGAUGUCGGAGGCUGUCAUUCACCUGUGCUUCGCGUUGGGUUGCGGAGUGCUUCCGCGAGCGACGCCAAGGUGCUGGAUGAAGCGAAGGACUGGAGGCACGUGGGAAGACCUCAGGCAAUGCGAAGACGCGACAGACGACUACUUCCAGGAGAAGCUACACAUGUCGCCGCGAGCGUUUCGGGAAAUCGCGGAGGCAUGUGCUCCUCAUUUUCAGCGGCGGGUGACGUUCUACAGGGAGCCUUUGCAGCCAGACCAGAUGGCGUAUGCACUAUACGGGUGGGCGUCGGGGGAGACCUACGAGAGCAGCACGUGUAACUUCGGAAUUGGUAGAGCUUCUGGCCUGGUGGUUGUACGUGACGUCGUCGUCGACCUGGACUUGCGCGUACUCGAUGUGCACAUGGGAUACCCGGGUAGCUGCCACGACAUCAGGGUGCUCCAGUUGUCCAGCCUGUGCAGGCGCGCGAAGUUGGGGUCGUUGUUUCAUGGUCCCCCUGUGACACUCCCCUUUGGGGUGCGGACGAACGGCUACGUUUUGGCGGACAAUGGGUAUCCCCCUUCGGAAUGGAUGGUCGUCCCCUACGGAGGCUUGAAUCAGCAUUUCAACGAGGAGCGCUUGGAUAACAAACAGAAGGUGGCGAGGGGAGCGGUGGAGAGGGGUUUCGGCAGGCUGAAGGGCAUGUGGAGGCUUUUUCUGGGGACGCACAAGACAAACUUGGACACGCUCCCGCAGCAGUUUACUACCGUCUACAUACUGCACAACAUUCUGAUCAACGCUGGAAUUCCAUUCAACGAAAAUCUGCUAUGGGAGCUGGACGCUAACGCUGACAACAGGAGACUAACACGUGCACGGGCACUAAGGGUACCGCACGUGUUCCAGUCCUUGGAGCCGGGAGAAGAAAGAAGGAUACGUAGAGCCCAUGCGCUAGCAGCGGGGAUAGCAGAAGCAAACAGAGCAGCAAGAGAGCAGGCAACAACAGCCAGAGCAGCUGCAAUGGCUAACGGCGCAAGCUCUGCUGCGUCUUCAUCUGCGUCCUCGUCAGGGACUAAUGGGAGCUGGUUGGGAAUGCCAACGAGUUCCACAAGUUCCUCAGGCACUUCCGGUUCCUCAGGUUCUAGACAGUCUUCUAGUCAAAUGGCAGGCUCGCAGUUCAGCCCCAUGACCGCACGAGAGCGGGAGCUAAGAGAGAUCCAACAGGUCGAGAGGCUACGCCGUAAGUUAGAGCAGGACCUGAAAGAGGCAACCGAUAGAGAAAAUGAAAUGAAAACUAGAGCAGCCAGGCUUGAAACUUUAGAGACUGACAAGGCUGAACUAGAGGGCUUGGAUGAGGCAACAAUGAAUGCCCAGAUGAAAGUGUUGAAGAAGAAUGUGCUGUCGCUGCACACGCAUGUGGACAGCAGAUUCGACUUCAUGCAAAGCACUCUAGACCAGAUCCUGGACGCUUUGACAAGGCUAGGAUACCGGCCACCAGCACAAUCGCCGUUGCCGUUAUCGGCGAGGUCAGGCCCCUUUCCGGUUCAAGUUGGCACACAGCCAAAAUGCACAUCUUCAGCAGCAGCACAGACUGUUGCAUCUUCUUCUUCGGGUCCAGUGCUGGUUGCUACACCACCGCAACAAACUAGUCCUCCACAAGGACAGCCGCAAGGUCAAUGGUAUCCCAAGACCCCAAUGAAACCGCCUCUUGCAUUCUCAGGCGAGAGAAACGACGAGGAACUCAACACAUGGUUGAGGACAGUCCCGGUUUGGGUAAAGGCCAAAAGGACCUUGCCUGAGGACGAAGUGGUAACUGCGGCGUCUUACCUAGAGGGUAAGGCAGCCAAAUGGUUAGAUGGUGUAGUUGUGAAGGCCGGGUACGGGCGACGCAUGGCGGAUUGGGCUAAGUCUUUGACUUUAGACCAAUUCAUGGAGAUGGUAGAAGCUCGAUGGCAUAACCCACAAGAGGCUCAAAGGGCCACUGAUGCCAUUAAUAAACUGGACCAACGCAAGUUCAGGUCAGUUAGGGAGCUUACGACUACCGCCGAGAGCCUGAUCCUCGUCCCAGGCAUCAACUAUAGUGACCAGUUCCUCUUAACCACGUUUGUUAGAUGUCUACCUGAGAACAUGAGGAACUUACUAGCCAGUCAGGCACGCACUGAGUACCACUCAUUUGAGACAUUGUCUAGGAAAGCCUUAGACUUAGAGGCCACGCUAGGCAAUGCUCAACCCACCUCAGGGAAUGACUCAAAGAAGAAAAAGAGUCCUCAGGAGUGGAAGAAGAAGGGGGCGAAGUUGAUGAUGGUUGAGUCUGAUGGGACUCAAACUGAGAUUGAUGAGCUCUCUGACCUGAUGGACUACUCAGAGUAUGACGGCGAGGAGGUAGUUGAGGGUAGCACCCUUGCCGUGGUAGUAAAGACUAAGGCAGGUGGCCAAGGGAAGGGCCAACCUAGGAGUCAAGGGAAGGCCGCCUCCAAUCAGACCAAACAGUCUGAGUGGGUAAAGGCAGGUCUUGAUCAAGACGUGUGGCGUGACCGCCGAAUGCGUGGCGCUUGCAUCAACUGCGGARAAUACGGACACACGCAGUGGAAGUGUCAGAACGCUAAGGACCGGGUACGACACCUUAGUAGACCAGUAGCAGCUACUUUGGCCAACAAAGAGCGCAUGAUUGUCACAGACUACAUCAAGGACGUAGUCUGUACCUUCUCCUAUGGAGGAGGAGAGCUUAACCAUAAGAUCUCGUUCUUGGUUAGCGACGACUUGCCAUUCGAAAUGUUGUUAGGCAUGUACUACCUCGAAGUUGCUAAGCCCCAGUUCGACUGGGAUAAGAAGGUGCUUAAGCAUAAGUURCCCGAUGGCCGAACUGUCAGAUUGACUAAGUUCAAGGCCAGCAGUAUUGUAGAUACCUAUGGCUGCUUGUGUGCAUCAGCGUUCUAUAACUACUACAAGCAAAACCAAGAGGAAGGKAUGUACCUCGUUUACGUCUCUGAGAAGGGGGAGGCCGUUAAAACACCCCCAGAGAUAGAACGCGUCGUUGCUAAGUUCCCUGAUUUGUUCGAGGAGCCCACAGGAGUUGUUGAWAGGGAAGUCGUCCACGCUAUAGAAAUCAUUCCAGGGAGUAAGACCCCAAAGGGAAGGAUCUAUAGGAUGGCCCCUGCCGAGUUAGAUGAACUUCGGAAGCAACUAAAAGAGCUGACAGAGAAGKGUUGGAUUCGGCCUACUACUUCCCCUUACGGAUCACCCGUUCUAUUCGUACCAAAGAAGGGGGGUACUUUGAGGAUGUGCAUUGAUUAUAGGGGCCUCAAUGCCAUCACAGUGAAAAACGCAGAGCCUCUACCUCGCAUAGACGACCUAUUGGAUAGGGUGCARGGAUGCAAGUACUAUAYAAAGAUAGACUUGAAAUCCGGAUAUCACCAGAUCGCAAUAAGACCUGAGGACCAACACAAGACAACUUUUCAGACUAGAUAUGGUCUGUACGAGUUUGUAGUGAUGCCUUUCGGUCUUUGUAAUGCGCCGGGUACGUUCCAGCACGCUAUGAAUCGGAUCUUCCAUGACCAUUUAGAUAAGUUUGUCAUAGUCUAUCUAGACGACAUUCUGAUCUUUAGUAAGUACGCCGAGGAGCACGCUCAACAUGUUGAGACAGUACUCUCACUCCUACGACAACACAAGUAUAAGGUCAACUUAGAGAAGUGCGAGUUUGGCCGCACUAAGAUACUAUACUUGGGUCAUGAAGUAUCCGCGGAAGGGAUUAGGCCGGAAGAUGCGAAGGUGGCUAGUAUUCGAGACUGGCCACGACCUCAGACAAUCACCGAGGUCAGAUCUUUCUUAGGAAUGUGCGGCUACUAUAGGAACUUAGUAAAUAACUAUUCUACAGUCGCCUCUCCUUUGACAGAUCUAACUCGACUUGACACGCCGUGGGACUGGAGUGAUGAGUGCGAAGGUGCUUUCAAGCGAUUGAAGCAUGCACUCAUAAAUCAUGAAGUUCUCAUGGUUCCCGAUCCGCAAAAGUCAUUCAUAGUAACCACUGACGCAAGCCAAUACGGCAUUGGCGCAGUGCUGGCUCAGCAGGAUGGGAAAAAGUUGAGACCGAUUAAGUACAUGAGUAAGAAAAUGCCUUCGAAGAAGCUGGCUAAGUCCACCUACGAAAGGGAACUCUAUGCUCUCUACAAGGCACUUCUCCAUUGGAGACACUUCCUUCUAGGAAGCACGCGCAAUGUCCAUCGUGGCGGACUCCAAUGCGUACUGGAAAGCCAGAUUGUAACCUCAAGGGCAGCUCCCGGACUUGAACACCCACCUGUGCAAGAUGCGCAAGACAAUAUUCUCCACUGCCGCACGGGAGAUCGCUUGCUGCAGCUGUGCGGGGUCGGUGAUCCUAACUACCUUCGUCGUGGAUGAUUUCGGCAUCUCGAUGCUUCGAGGGACGGCGGGCGCUGUGAGACCGCUCGCGAUGGCAACAAAAUACUCCCUCGUUU